GCUGUUACAAGUUUCCCUGAAAUUUCAACAAGACUGAAGAUGUCAAAAUAUGUCUAAUUUGAAUGUAAUCAGCAGCGAUGAGGAUGAUAUAUGGAACUACACAUCACAGAAACGAUUGUCACAGCCCAGAAAAGAUUCACACAGAAAGAAAAAAGUUAAAACGAAAACAGGUAUUAAACAUGAAAAUGAUGGAAAUUUAAAAGCAGUAACCAAACGACGGAAAAGCAGGCAGAAAUCUGGAGGCAGCAUAGCAAGCUCUCACAAGUUAGAUGGCAACGUUGCAGCAAAAAUUAAAGCAGAGAGGACACCUAGUAGAAAGAGUUUGGACCAGGAUCGGUCAGGUCGGUGUCCAGUGUGCCAGAUGCCGUUCACAGCCCUUUCGCUGGUAGAGACACCCAGGUGGCACGUUGAUGAUUGUCAGCUCACAUUUUUCUCCACUGAAAAAGAUGAAAACAAUGCUGUGGAAUGUCCACAGGGGACAGAGUGUGGUUCUUCUAUUGCAAGCCAUUACAAAAGGUUUAAACACACAGAGCUGGCCAGGUCUCUCCGUAAAAGCCAGUCCGAGGCUACCAGCUCAAGAGAAAUUGUUCAUUCCGCCAAGGUGAAACUAAACUUUGACAGUUGUAAUCAGCUGUUUUUACCUGGAGCGUCAGCUGAUUGUGCAAUCACUCUGGACACGACCAGUCCACUCUCUAGUUCACAAAGGUCAGGUGAUAUGUUGAUAGAUGAUAACCAUAAUGGUCUCAUAGAAUCUGACCAGGACAUGUUUAAAGAGGGUUUAGAUAAAGAAGUCUAUAAUAAAGCUAUCAGAAAAUGUGAGAAGAGUCUUGUAGGUGAAGUGAUACACAAAUCAAACAAACCAGAUGCAAAGGGUGACAGUCUUUCCAAUGGUAACAUUUGUGCAAGCAGUCAAAACUGUCAAGAGUCCUAUGUGCCAAAAAAUAAUGCUGGAAAUACAGAAAUGGAGAGUUAUGAAUCCUACAGCAUUAGCUCCCAAUCAGAUGACGAUGGUUAUGAGGAAUUUGUUGAAGAAUCUGAAACAAUAAUUUCUGAGAAGGAAACAGGAGUUUCAGAGAAAAGCGUGAGCAAUAAGAAUGAUAUAAUAAAGCAAUUGUUUGACAGUGAUAGCCAGUCUAAAGAUGCUGCUGAAAAUCGGCAUUUUAUUUUCAAUGAAAAUAAGGAAUUCAUUGCAACCAAAUUGACUGACCAUUCAAAUGCAAUAAACAGUUUAGAUAUAGAUGUAGAUGUAAAGCUGGAAGAUGCAGGUAGUGUUUCUAUGAAUUCCCAAAGCUUUAUUAGAAAAGUGCAGUUUGAUGAACUGAUUGUAGUAAGCAGUUGUGACAGCAUAGAUGACAUUAAUGAUCUUGAUGAAUCCAAAACACUUAGCCAGAUGCUGCUAGAAUCAGAAGAUGAACAACUAAAUAUUGCCAAAGAACCUGUUAAGCAUUCAGAGGAAGAAAUACAGAAUGAUGAACCUAACAGUGCUAUAAAGAGUCUAAGUGAGGACUCUGACAGUGACGAUUUGGACAUCUUUAAAAACACGCUAACUCAGUCAAGUUUUCUAAAUAGUAAGAUCCAACAAACUGAUGGACAGUCUUCAAAGAAGAGUAAAGGGAAAGAUGAUCCCAUUCCUUUAAGUUAUACUGUGACUGUCUCUGAAAGAGCUACAGAUGAAGAAGCCAGAUGUGUUGAUGAAGUUAAUGUGGUGGAAAAUGCGAAUGGUUUUUCUGAAGAUAACGAUUAUUUUAAUGAAAAUGAUAAUCAGUGUAAAAAGAAAAGUGAAGAAUAUGAAUCUACGACAGAUUUUGAUAUUGGCUUUUUUGCAAAGAAAAUGUGUAAGCCUUUGUCAACAGAUAGUGAUACUAAUGAUGUUAAUGCAGUAAAACCUGAUGGAAUCAGUGCAAGCAAACAGUGUGAUCUUGGGGAAAGUACAAGUAACCAUACUGUGAUAGAUACUGACAUGUAUUCCAACAUUAAAUCCAAGUCUUCGAAGACAACUCAUAAGCCUAGAACUAAUAACAAUUGUACUAGAAAAGCUGUUGAAUCUGAAAAGAAAUCAAUUAGUAAAACUAGUGCUGAAAAUUUGAAUAGAUCUCGAAAACGAAAAGGAGAAGCAAAACAUUCUCGAACAGUUAAAACUGAAAAGAGGAGUAAGGUUAAAAGAAAGUUAGAUAAUCACAAUCAGAAAGACAUAAUGACUUUUUUUAUGAAUGUUAGAAAGGAGGAUAUAACUAUAAUUUCGGAGAGCAGUAGUGGUGAAGAUACUGGAAUGUUUAAUGGUAAAACUUACUGUUGUAGUAAGUGUUUAAAUGAAAGAAAAGGACCGGUGAUGAAAACUAUUGACCAGGACAGCCCAAGUUCAUGCAGUCAAGAACUUGAAUCAGUGUCAGGACAGGGUGACAAGGCAGUUGGUAUUACAAAUAAUGAUGAAAUAGACAAACAAACAUUUAUUCCUUUGAAGUCUGCAUGUAAAACACCGACGGUUUUCACAGAUGACAGCUCAAUGUGUAGUGGCAACUCUUUGGAUAAACAAAAAAGAAGGCCUGAAUGUAGUCCCUCCAGGCAAAAUUCUAGGUCUCCAGCGUCCAAUUUUCAUUUAAUCAGUUGCUCAGGGCAAAGUUCUAAAUCUCCAGCAUCAACUUCACAUGAAAGAAGUCACUCAACCCAAAGAUCUAAUUCUCCGGCAUUGCAUUGGCCGGAAAGUGCCAAUUCGAGGCAAAGUUCUGAGACUACGGAGUUUGAAAACGGAAACUUUUGUACUGUAUCACAAACUACUUACAGGAAAUUACAACUGAAUAGCACUUUAUCACAAACUACAUUUGCCAGGCUUGAUGGUGGUUUUAUACCAGACGAUAAUGAUGGUGAAAUAAAUGAUGAUUCUAUGACAGAUGUGAUUACUUCUGAUGAUGUUGCUGGUGACACCGCUGGUGAAUCAGGAAUUUCUUCAAGUGAGCAAAACCCAAGUGCCUUGCUGAACUACAUAACUGGAAAGGUUUCUGUAAUAGCGAAAAAUGUGGCGGACAUUUUAAUAGCCAGCAGUAAAUUCCUGUAUGGUCAAGGAGCUAGUUCACAGUCAGCCCAGAAUGCAAAAACAGUUAACGAGGUUUUAAUGACUACAGCUAGAAAUCUUCCAAAGUUGAUUGUUGGACAAGACAAUGGCCAAAAACCUAGUGCUGGUUCCCGAAAAGGAUAUCAAAAGCAAGGGGAUGGCAAUUCUGAUUCCUUCCCGGGUUGAUGAACAAGCCCGGUACAAUCUUCUGUUAACCUUCGUAACAUUUCAUUUUAAACCCAGUUGCUAUCAAAUUCCUUCUUGUCAUCUACAAAAUUAUCGUGGAAUGGACUAAAGGAAACAGGUCGUUCACCCAUGCUCUCAUUCAAGUAAAAUACUUACAACAAUAAAAAACUAUUAUACCAUGAGAGUAAACGCAAAUUAAGUGUCACUCAUGCAAUGCUGCGGAUGGACUGUAAUAAUUUCUUAAAUAAUUGUCAAUAUACGCAAUUGCUUAUGUUGAGAAAUUGAAGACUGCUUCAUCUCUCUGCUGUAUUAUGGUCAAAGACAUCAACUUUUCGACUAGUAAUCCGCUAUCAGGAUUGUGUCACUCCAACUACUACUUAAUGGAUAAAACAUCACGAACAAUACCCACACAACACUAUUGAAGCACGUUCGGCACUACAUUCAUCAAAAUUAACGCUUCUGGACUCAUGUAUAUAAAUUGGAACCAACUUGAUUCUACCACUAACCUGUCCUGCAAAUUCUGACAAGUUUUCUUCUCAAUUCUAUCGUGGAAUUCCUUUUUGUGCCUAUUUCACUUGUCUAAUUUUCAUGUAUUUUUACCAUACAUGUAGUACAUCCAUUGAUUAUGCGUAAACUUUGUUUAUCUCGAAAAUGUGUGAUUGAAAUAUUUUUGUUUUAACCAAGUGUAUGAGACGAAUGUCUAAAUCUGGAUCAUUUUACAAGGCUUAAAUAUCAUAAAAGAAUAGAAUCUUUUUUAAACUUAUUCUAGUUCUCCGUUUAUGUCGCGAUGCUAGAUUUUCAUCUAAACUAAAAAUCCCUCGUAAUUUUCCAGAGGCCAUGUUUUAAACAAACAAGACAAAGUCUAAAACCAUAAUAAUAUUUCUAUUGGUUUGUUGUUUUUAUUAGGGAUGAAAACGAGUAGUAAAAUCGGUACUCGAGUAGAGUACUCAGAAAAAAACCUUGAAUUGCUUUUCGGAAAUGACAUGUUCAUGUACCCUGUACGUGGGUCAUCGUGAUAUUGACUAUUUUCAUUUAUAUGUGUCGACUUUUUACCGAUAUGUUAAUUAUUAUAUUGCUUUGUAAACACUUGGUAUAUUAAUAAAAUUUGAUUCUUUAUUGUUUUUAUCCGAUAUUUUAUUUCACUCUCCUUACAAAUUACUGACAAUGGGAACCUUAUCAGCUCAAUCAAAGCCUAUGCAUUACUUGUUGUUUGACCACAAGAACGUAUUUACAGGCUCUCCUAGCCCUACUGUGUCAGAUACAACCCUAACCCAAACUCAAAGAACUACUACAGCUACACGACUUAGAAACUAAUUCACGGUCUGGAGAUAGAACGUGACGUUUCCAUUGACGUAAAC